AUGGAACCCUCUACUGAUGCCCCCCCUUCCCAAACAACACCCGCUGCCCAAGCUGGACCUGCUGUCCAAGCUGAACCUGUUCCCACUCCAACAAAUGCUGAGGCACUUCCACCUAGACCUAGUGAUAAAACCAAAGUGAGUGAGAUAGCUGUUGAUUGUGGUAAUAAUAGGAAGAAGUCUACUGCUUGGGAUCAUUUUGAAAAAAUAAAAAUCAGUGAGGGUCAAUUUAAGGCUGUCUGCCAUUAUUGCCAAAAAACUUACCGUGCUAAUAGUAAGGGUCAUGGUACUACUAAUUUAUUGAAUCAUACACCAAAUUGUGUUAAGAACCCUAAUAGAGCUUCACUUAAAGGGCAACAAACCUUAGCAUUUGAACCCAAAAUGAAUGGGGAGGAAGGGUUUAAGCUUGUACCAACAGCCUUUACUGUUGAGGCUUCUAGGAAGGCACUCGCAGAAAUGAUUAUAAUAGACGAGUUGCCUUUUAGGUUUGUUGAAGGGUAUGGGUUUCAAAAAUAUUCAACAACCUUACAACCUAAGUUGCAAAUUAGGGAUAUCCCAUCUCGUCAAACUGUGGCUAGAGAUGUGAUUAGCAUUUAUGGUGUUGAGAGAGAGAAACUAAGGGAAGCCUUGAAAGGUCGUAGGGUGUGCCUUACUACGGACACAUGGACUAGUAUUCAAAAUCUGAAUUAUAUGUCCCUCACAGGUCAUUUUAUUGAUGAUGAUUGGAAUUUGCAUAAGAGAAUUUUGAAUUUUUGUCUAGUGGAAGACCAUAGGGGGGAGACUAUAGGUAGAAAGAUUGAGAUGUGUCUCCGUGAGUGGGGUGUUGAUGGCAUAUUCACCUUGACAGUGGAUAAUGCUUCCUCUAAUGGUGCUACCAUUAAAUUUUUACAAACAGUCACUAAAGAUUGGAAGGGGACUAUUUUAGAACAUUUGUUCUUGCACAUGAGGUGUUGUGCACAUAUCUUAAAUUUGAUUGUGGGAGAUGGUAUGAAAGAAAUUGAUGCGUCCAUUGCUAGGGUGCGUGAAGCAGUGAGGUAUGUGAAGUCCUCACCAAAUAGAAAUCAGACUUUUAGGAGUAUUAUGGAGAGAUUAGGUAUUGAAUCCAAAUGUUUACUAAGUCUUGAUGUACCAACUAGGUGGAACUCUACCUAUCUCAUGUUAAAUACUGCUGAAAAAUUUGAGAAAGUGUUCCUAAGAAUGGACUUUGAGGAUGAUAGCUAUUCUUCAUACUUUUUAAACAAGGAAAAUAGUGGUGGUUUGGGAUCUCCUUGUGGGGUUGAUUUUCAAAAUUGUAGGACAUUUGUGGGUUUCUUGAAACUUUUUUACAAUGCAACUAAAAAGUUCUCCGGUUCUUUGUAUGUGACUUCAAAUACCUUCUUUGAUGAGAUGUUUGUGAUUCAAGAAAAUAUUGCUCAUUUAAUUAAAUCUCAAAAUCAUCUCUUGAAAAACAUGGCAACUAAAAUGGAAGCUAAGUUUGAAAAGUACUGGGGGAAAGGGGAUAAAAUUAAUAAGCUUUUGUAUGUGGCUGUGGUGCUUGAUCCAAGGAAGAAAAUGAGGUUUUUGAAGUUUUCUUUUUUUGAAAUAUAUGGGAAUGAAGUGGCUAAUGAGAUGGUUGACUUGGUGGGGAGUUUUAUGGCUAGGUUGUAUGAUGAUUACUCUAGGGUUGAUUCACCAAAUGUGGUGCUACCAAGUGAGAAUGAGAGGACACACAUGGAAGGUGAUACAAUUGGUUGUAGUGAUCCGUAUGCAAUGGUUAAUUCAUGA